GUUGUUCCACGCUUCAACAGUCCAACCAGAGGCAGAGAGACACGUCCCUAGACCAGUGUUUAUUUAAAUACAUGCAUCGACAGUGGUCUGACGUUAGUUGCACGGGAAAGGUCAUCAUAGUGAGAAUCAGCAAGACGAAGCAGACAUCUCCUUGAGUCAAGACUCGAAUUUGAAUAUGAAGAAGACAGCGAUCUACAUUCUAGUGGCUGCCUGCGUGACGAUGGCGUUUGCCUUCCCAGCUAAGACUGAAGAGGAUCAAUCGUGCGGUCCUUGCCCGUGGCAUUUCAAAUGCAUCGAGGGAGCAUGUACUCCACAAGAGAAACCAGGACCAGGACCGAACACUGAAGACACGGAAGAGCUAGCAGACCUGUCGACUGAAGAGGACCAGUCGUGCGGUCCUUGCCCGUGGCAUUUCAAAUGCAUCGAGGGAGCAUGUACUCCACAAGAGAAACCAGGACCAGGACCGAACAUUGAAGACACGGAAGAGCUAGCAGAUCUGUCGAAAGCCGGGGACGAGACAGAUGCUCCGACCUCGAUGUGAUGCGGUUUUAAAUCGAUUUGGGAUUUAGGAUGAAACGAUUGCCUGCCAAACAUUGUACCCAUCUAUUAUAGCAUAGAGUAAACUUGGUUUUAAUAACAUA